GCCAUCAGCCAUGGACCAAGCACAGAUCACUCGCUGCCCGCUCUAUAAGAAUCUCGCUUGCGCGCACCCACGAGCCCAAUCCCAUGCAUGCAAACAAACUAGUAGCUAGUGAGCCACACACAACACAUCACAUCUAAGCGCAUGCAGCAGGCGAUGGCGUCCUCCUCCUCGUCUCCACUGCUCAUGCUGCUGCUGGUGCCGCUCCUGCUCGCCAUGGCGCGUCCGUGCUCCGGCGUGGACGCGAUCAGCACGUACUGCGCCAAGAACGGCACCAGCGCGCAGACGCAGGCCAGCAUCGACCAGGUCCUCACGGCGCUCGUCCCGCGCGCCUCGGCCGCCUACUACGCCACGGCCACCGCCGGCCGCUCCUCGUCCGCGGUAUGGGGCCUCGCGCAGUGCCGCGGCGACGUCCCGCGCCAGGACUGCUCGCUCUGCCUCGCCGCGGCGGCCAAGGAGGUCGCGUCGUCCUGCCGCGGCAGCUCGGACGGUCGGGUCUUCUACGACUACUGCCUGCUCCGGUACUCCAGCUCCAACUUCAUCGGCCUCGCGGACACUGGGUACACGCUCAUCCUCCUCAACACCCAGAACGCCACCGGCGUGGACCUGGCCGCGUUCGACCGGGCGCAGGGGAAGCUCAUGUCCCGCGUCGCCUCCGAGGCCGGCGACACCGCCAACAAGGGUCUUGCGACGGACACGACGCGGCUAGGAGGCGGCGGCGGCGGAGCCAAGACGACCAUCUACGGGCUCGGGUGGUGCACUAGGGACAUCACGGCAGCGGACUGCGGGCUGUGCGUGGCGCAGGCGGUGGCGGAGCUGCCCAACUACUGCCGGUACCGGCGCGGGUGCCGCGUGAUCUACAGCAGCUGCAUGGCGCGCUACGAGGUGUACCCCUUCUUCUUCCCGCUCGGCGGCGCCCGCGAGUCGGCCGACGAGGUCGGACAGUGCGACAAGAUCGUCUUGAACGCAUGAUGGGUGGAGUACAUCUAGUCAACUACAGUGCUAUCUACAUAGCACGCUAGCUCGUUGUGCGUACCUGGUGGUGGCGAAUCCAUUUGUUAGUGUCUGGGUAGCUCGUAGCUGAUCUAGAAUCCAAGCGGGGUCCAAAUAAUUUCAAUAAUUGCAAAAUAAGCUAAAUACAAGCCUUUUUUUUUUUGCGGAGAGAAAUACAAGCCUUGUGGUUCUUUGUGUACA